UGUACAUCAUUUCUACAAAGUCUGUAUUUUUAUUUUCACGUGUAAAUAAAAAAGCAAAAAGUGGUCAAUAAAAAGUUGGAUAUUGUAUGAAAACACGGGAAAAUGUAUACACAGGCGGAGGAAUUUGUUGAAGCAGAGUUGGAUUCUGGUGCAAUAGCAGGAGGAUAUGGUUAUACUGGCGACGAAUAUGGCUCACAUUAUCAGGAUGGAGAUAUGGGUCAGAGUUCACAUAGUGAUGCAUUCUAUGUCACAGAAGAAGUUCAAAACUUCAUUAAAUAUUUUCAAAAGCAUGUUCAUGAACAGAAUGUAAGAGAAAUACACUCAAUGUACGAAAGCGGGUUCACGAGGCUCAGUGACGAGAAAUUUCCAAAAGCCCCUUGGCCAGAAGCCGACCAUAUAGCACCUCUUGUUGGAAAUGAUCCUUUGUUCCUGACUCUAUACAAGGAACUAUGUUUCCGUCAUAUCUACGCGAAGCUAAAGCCAACAACAGAACAGAGGAUUGAUUCUUAUUACAAUUAUUGUGAUCUCUUCAACUAUAUCCUCAACACAGAUGACCCGGUUCCCCUUGUUCUACCCAACCAGUGGCUCUGGGACAUUAUUGAUGAGUUUAUAUACCAGUUUCAAUCAUUUAGUUUGUUUCGAUACAAGUUUGGUAAGCUUGGUCAAGAUGAGAUUACGACACUCAGAGAUAAUCCAAAGAUCUGGAAUGUCCACAGUGUUUUGAAUGUUCUUCACUCUCUUGUGGACAAGUCUAGAAUAUAUGAACAAUUGGAGGUAUAUCGCACUGGUGGUGACCCUGACACAGUUGCUGGGGAGUUUGGUAUUCGUCCUCUGUACAAAAUGCUGGGAUAUUUCAGCUUGAUUGGUCUGCUACGACUGCAUUCCUUGCUUGGAGAUUACUCCAUGGCGCUGAGGGUUUUGGGAAAUAUUGAGCUGAAUCGCAAAAGCAUGUACUCGCGAGUUCCAGCUUGUCAAAUCACGACAUAUUAUUACGUUGGUUUUGCGUAUCUAAUGAUGAGGCGAUAUCAGGAUGCGAUUCGAAGUUUCUGCAAUAUUUUGCUGUAUAUUCAACGAGCGAAGCCGAUGAUCCAAAACAGAGCUUACCAAAUCGAUGCUAUCAAGAAAAUGAACGAAAAAAUGUACACGCUUCUCGCCAUCUGUCUCUCCCUGUCUCCUCAGCGUAUCGAUGAAAACGUUAAUGCACAUCUUCGGGAAACUUACAACGAAAAGAUGAUAAAAUUACAACGAGGUGAUAUUGGUUUAUUGGAGGAGAUGUUCUCCUUCGCUUGUCCGAAGUUUGUCACCCCAUCCGCACCGAACUACGAUGCAGCACCGGGGAAAUAUCACCGGGAGGCAUUCGACAUUCAGUUGAAAAAUUUUCUUCAAGAAAUGAGACAACAAUCAUUAAUUCCUAUCAUUAGAAGUUACCUGAAACUCUACACAACAAUGCCAAUCACAAAACUGGCCGCGUUCUUGGAUAUGGAUGAGGAAACCCUUCGAACUCAACUUCUUUGCUACAAGCACAAGCAACGCCAUCUGACGUGGACGAAAGGCCCGGAUGCGUUGGAGGGAGAAUUCCAGUCAUCGUCUGAUGUUGAUUUCUAUAUUGAGAAUGACAUGAUUCAUAUUGCUGAUACGAAAGUCGAACGAGGAUAUGGGAACUUCUUUAUUCGGCAAAUAAUGAAGUUUGAAGAGGCUGGUCAAACAGUCAACGCAGAACGCUAUUGAAGAUUCGUUAAGAGUUGUACAACGUCAAUGACAUGAAUAUAUAUUUAAUAAAUUCUAAAUCUUCUGUUAA